AUGUCAAAAAUGAAAUCACAAAAGACAAUCGAGGAAAGCCGUUCUCAAGAAGAUACACCUGUUCUUGCAUCUGAUAUCAUUUUCAACAUCCUCAUUAAGGUAAACACUACAUCUUUGAUAUGUUUUAAGUGUGUUUCAAAAUCAUGGAAUGCUAUGAUUUCCAACAUUGCUUUCACGAAAACCCACUAUGAUCGAUCCAAAGAGAUAGGAUGUGAAAAGCUAGUGUUACAAAAGGGUACGGGCGAGUUUGAAUUUUUAUAUUUAAACAACCUCAAUCACGUUAUCAUAGAUAAACGAGAAUUCCCGCUCAAAGAAUUUAUAGGUGCUCAAAUCCUGUGCUCAUAUGAUGGCUUAGUGUUAUUGAAAAAACCUAAGGCUUAUAAGAAGUUCGUUUUAUGGAAUCCACCAUCCGGAGACCACCACAUUCUUGAGCGUCCAUAUACCAAACCUAAAGAAUACACAUUUGCUUGUGCAUAUGGGAUGUGUUCUGAUUCCACCACCGGUGAUUACAAAAUUAUAUUGAUCUACGAUUUAUUUUAUUUUGUGUACUCUACGAGUAAGAAUAUUUGUACGAAGAAAACAACUCUAUCUACAUUACAACAAUGUCUUCCUGAAUUUGAACUUUCAACUUCAUACACAUACAUAUGCAGUCAGGGAACUGGCACUAACAAUCAUGUAUACUGGGCUCUAAAUGAGAAACGUGGUCAAAACAUAUGUAAAACUUCUACUUUCAUAUACUUUGAUGUGAAUUCGGAUGAGUUGAAGGAGUUUCCAACACCUCAUGGCAUUGAAAAUAAGUUUGUGUAUCGUCUGUCUACUUUGAAAGGUUGUCUUGGUGCAUUUGGAGGAAAUGAUUUUAUCAAUGGAUUGUAUAUUUGGGUCAUGCAACAAGAUGGUUGGAAAUGGUUUAUGUAUAUUCCCUAUAUACCAGGCCCAACUAUCGAUAUAGAGUGA